AUGAUGCAACUGUCAACUGCGCUACCAGCUGUCCAUGUUAACAACGCUCAAAACUAUGUUUUUGUUCAAGCAAGGAACGAAGUUAUGCGACUUGUUCCGCUUCGGAUUGAUGAGGUUCACUAUCAGUCAUCAGUCGUCACUCUAAUUGACCCGUGUUUUCAGCCCUUUCAAGGCCUUUCAGGUCAAUUCUCUUUCCUUGGCUAUGUCACUCAUGCUUAUCAUCUUUCGCCACUCUAUUGGCCUGAAGAAUGUCGUGGUCUUGCUGACGAGCUCCUACGACAAGUGGGAUUGUUGGGCAUCAUAGAUGACAUUAGUAGAUACGCAAUCUAUGAGGUUAUUGAGCAUGGUGGCGCCUCAAUUCUCGAGAAUACUAGGACACCUUAUUGUGGGGCCAGCACACAAAUGAAACUUGUGCCCAUGUGGAUGCUUCACGAGUUACACGACUUCCAGUUCUCCCCGGCAAUGUUCCCAUAUGGAUUCCCUCCUCCUGUCAAGCUUUCGGAGGAGUUAUCUUGGCAGCACUUUGAUCAAGUUACUCGGCAGUCGCUCCCUGGACCAUCGUUCCAUGACACGUCCCUCCACCUGCCCUUAGAUUUUGAUUAUGAUCCCUCCGUGUUUGACGUAACCACAGCGUCGACAUUUUCUGGCGUACUCACACCUGCUUUGGAGGAGGAGGGUGACGGCCUCUCGAAUACUGUGAUCCUCCCUGCUAAUCAUCCUUUCGAUGGGACACAACUUCCUCACAAAGACCUCCAUUGGACACAAAACUCACGAGAGGAUUCACUGAGCAAUGGCCAGAGGACAAUGCUCAAAAGUUUGAUGAUAGACUCACCUUGGGCACGCCCAUAUAAGUUGGCAAGAUACCUUUAUGUAGGGUGUUUAUUGGUCGGCAUACCUGCCAACCCCUUUAAUAUGCCCGAGCCGGUGUCGAGGCAGUUGAUUACAACCAGUUUUUUGAAAGCUCUGUUUUUCACCGGUCAAACAUACGAAUCGUUGUGUAAUGAGAAAUUGAGGGUCACGGACAAAGCUGGGAGGGAGACCCUCGUGGAUUGGUCAUAUUUGCGCAAUAGAUUCCCGGACUUAUACAUAGAAUUUACUUCUGAGCUACGUAAGGUCGCCAGAGGUAGCAUGAAUGUUACGGAUGGAUUCGUGACCCACGAAACCCACCGGAAACAGAAGAUCCUCGACUUGAUUAGUUUGUUCGACUCAGGGGACCUAAACCUGAUACAACGAGCCCUCACGGAGCUUAUUGUCACGCAGGCCUUCCGGGAAGUGCUCUGGGCUUCGUUACUCCGACCUAUCGCCGAAUUAGCUGAAGGAAAGGUUAGAUUGGCAGAUCUAUACCCUGACGCCGUACAAUCUUGGACAGGUUAUCUACAAAAAGGUGUUGUCGGUGUACUCAGCACCCUCAUGUUUCAAGGGUUAACUCAUCCCCCACAAAGCAGCUCUCACUUGAAGGCUCCUGCGCUGUUUCCUAUCAUCAUGACUGCCCUCGAUAACAUGUACAAACAUCCAGGCGACUUCAGCGUCUUCUUCAAGGAAGCCCAUGAGCUUCUUUUUCUCAAGGAGGAAAACGUCUUAGUUUUGGAGCCUAAGCAUGGAAUUCCCAAAGUAAUGUCAGACGGCCGGAGGAAGACCCUUGAAGACGUCAGGCCCAUAGAAGUCAAGUCCAUCGUAGAUUUCGAAGUCCCCAACGCAGAAUUCGCCUUUCCGGUUACUGGCAUGGCGCAGAUAGACAUUUCCUACUUCAAACCGUUGACUAUCUCACUGUGA